AUGCCAUCUCUACCUCCUCUUCAAGACUCCCGACCAAAUUCAAACCCCCCUAACCAAGCCUCCGAAACCGAAGAAGAAAGAGCUGCUCGCCACCGCGCACACCAUGAAAAAAGACGUCGAGAAAGGAGAUUAGCUCGCACUUGCGACGAUUCCGAGCGAGGAGAUCGAAAGAAAGAGAAAGAUGAUAGGGGAAGGAGUAGGGGUGAUGAAACUAAUAAAGAAGAAAAACAAGGACUUUUCAGUAAGAGUCGAAAGAGUAUUGGAAGGGGAAUUAUGGCGUUAGGGAAAUGUGUGGCGGGGAAUGUGGAUGGAGAUGGAGAGGAGAAGGGGAGAGAGGAUAGAAAGGAUGCUGGUGGGAAAGGUGAGGAUGAGGAAUAUAGGAGAAGGCGGAGGAGACGACGUGGUAGUGUGGGGGAGGAUGAGAAUGAGGAGAAGAGAGCGAGAGAUAGAGAUGAUAGGGAGAGGAAAGUUCGAUUUGAUGUUAAAUCUCUUGCUCCUGAAGACAGGCCAAGAACCGAGCGAGGUAGAGAUACAAGGGAGGGAGAACCUCGUAAACCGACACCUCUAGUGAAAUCAUCACCUUCUCUCCCUCCUAAAACCUCAUCUCCCACAGCAAAAGAAAAAGAAGCCCAAACACUUUCCAAAGAAAUCGAAGAACGCAGUCUCGCAGAAGCAAAAAAGCUGCACAUCGCCCAACGAGCCCGCGAAGAACGCACUAAAGCCGAACAAGAGAGAACAACCCAAGCCCUCUCAGCCGAGAGUGCUCAAAAAGAGAAAGAAGAACGCGAUCGUAUCUCACGACAGAACAUCUUACUCCAGCACGAAAAGGAGGAGAAGGAGGAGAAGGAAAAAGAAAAGGAAAAAGAGAAAGAAAAAGAGAGACAAGAAAACAUCCAUCGAGAAUCCAUCCGUAAAGCCACCGAAGAGCGAGUCGCGCGCGAGAGAAAAGAACAAGAGAGGAAUCUUCGUUUACAACAAGAACGAGCAGAAAAAGAACACCGUGCUCGACAAGCACAAAAAGAGGUAGAAACCGCUCGACGUUUGCAACAAGAACGAGCAGAAAAAGAACACCAAGCACAACUUGCACGAGAAGAAAAAGUCCGUCAAGAACGAGAACGAGAACGAGAGAAAAUUCAACAAGAGCGUAAACGUCAAGAAGCUCUGCGUCUCCAACAACAAAAAGUACAACAAGAACUCAAAGUCCAGCGGCACCGUCAAGCACAAGCCGAUUCUCUCCAACGCGCCCAGCGACAAAAAGAAGAACAAGCCGAAGCCGCCCAUCUCCUCAAACUCAAACAACAACAACAACAACAACAACAACAACAACAACAACAACUCCAAGCCCAACGCGCGGCUCAAGGAGCCGAAACCGCUCGUCAAAAAGCCGACGCAAAAGCAAAGGCAAUAAAACAACUAGCCCUUCAACGAGAAAAAGAACAACUAGCUGCGCAAAACCAUCUCGCCGCGCAACGCCUCGCGCUCGCACUCGAGAAACAACACCUCAAAGCCGCCGCCAAAAAGCCCACACCCUUCAAACUCACCCCGACCAAUCUCCUUGCGGUACCUCAACCCCCCAAGUGCAUUGGAAACAUGGAGCGCACGAUUCUCGAAGGCUACGUACCCAUGAGCAGCGCGGAGCUUCUGGCGCGGGAUAUUGCGCUUGGAGUGGCGAUGCCACCCAGACCCGUGCGGUGUAUUGGGAAUAUGGAGCGGACGAUUUUGGAGGGCUAUGUGCCGAUGAGUGAGGAGGAGAUGAGGAGGAAGAGGGAGGGGAGGAGGUAG